GAAGGGAGUACUAACGCACAUUCGGUGGAAGAGUUUAUCCUUCUUGAAGCUGUGGAAGAAAGAAACGAGGAUGACGUCAUAAAUGCUCCUGAAGAGAUUACUAACACACAUUCUAUAGAGAACCUUAACCUACUUAAAGUUGAAGAAGAACGAAACGAAGACGAUGACAUAAAUGCCCCCCAAUACUUGGAAAUAAUUAACAGUCCCUGUUACGAGCUGCAGCGGGAAAAAAUAGCAAUAAAAAGGCUACUAGGAAGCGGUAACUUCGGCGAAGUUUAUAAAGCCACUUUAGGCAAAGAUACUGUGGCAGUCAAAUCCCUCAAAGGUAGAUAUUUCACAUUACCUUGUCGUUUUGGGAGCGGCAUCCGCGCUGGCGAUGACAGCGGAAAGGGCAGAAAGUACAGACGGUUUUAGUAUGUUUGAUGAGUGAAUAAAACGCAGCUUUAGUUACGUUUUACCUUUUAUGCAAAAGUAUAAAACUAAACCUUUCGUAGGCAUCAAAGUAAUAAUAGUUACAAGACAACAAUAACAUUAAUGAUAAUGAUAAUGACAGUGAUGGUGAUGGUGUUGGUGUUGACGAUGGUAAUGGUGAUGGUGAUAGUGAUUAUGAUAAUGAAGUUUAUGCUCCAGAAGGGCGCUUCACCAGUUUCGCAGGACAAAGAGGAGUUUUGUUUAACCUUGAUUUCCGUUAAAUUCACAACGCGAAUCGCUACUGUUUACUGUAGAAUGUAAACGUUACCAAUUGACGUGUCGUGCGAUCGUGCAUCCUCGGAAACUCAGGAAUAGUCCGUCGGGUGGGAAGAAACAAUUUAAUGAAAGCCCAUACCAUUUUCUAUUCACAGCUGCCAAAAUUGAAUACCCGCUGAGUUGUUAACUGUGUGGCGGGCUGAGGUCUAUUAGUUAACGAAGUUACGUAUCUUAAGUAGGUUUUCAACUGACUACAAAGUUAAGUUAAAAGUUUUGUUUCAAGUUGUUUGUGUGUCUCAGUUAUUUGUCUUUGCAGUGUUUUUAAGUUUAUUGCAGUAUUUCGAGUAAAAGGAUAAAGGUGCGAAGCUUAUAUUCACUCAGGGUCCUUUACUUAAUUUAUUUUUAUUAUUUUUUUUUUCAUAUCAAGCAAACGCCACAGGUAAAGAUAAACAGGAUAUGAUUACAGAAUUGAAUGUUAUGAUGAGUCUGAAGCCUCACCCUCAUGUCUUGAAGCUGAUUGGCUGCUGUAGUAGUAGUGGUAUGUCAGGUCCCAUAUGAUAAUAAUAAUAACAAUUAUUAUUAUUAUUAUUAUUAUUAUUAUCAUUCAACUUUGAAAAUAUGUACAUAAUUUACAAAAAUAUACUUUUUAUGAUUUAUACAAUUGUUCAUGUCAUUUAUGACAUUAAGAAUUGUAUAAAUCAUAAAAAUACAAUCACUGUGUCAAUAACGAUUUCCCAAAUACAUUAUUUGCGGCUCAUGUGCGAUCAGUAUCCCUUGCACACAGCCCAGUGUGUUAAAUUAAGUCAGGAAAAAAGAAAAUUUUCCGUUUCUGAUAUCAAAAGGAGCAUUAUUAUUAGUAGUAGUAUUAGUAUUUACCAAAUCAGUGAAAAGCAAUUUUCGCGCGUUUUUAUUGGCUCCUGUAACUCGGAAUAUCCUUGGCUACUCACAGUUUUGCGACCGCAGCCAAAAUGGCGUCUCAUUUCGAGACAUUUUUGGAAGACGAAAUUUGUGCGAUAAAUGAAGCAGUCGCACAAACAAAUACGAAGAAAGCGACCAACUUUAGCUUGUCGGUGUUCACUGGUAGGUAGAAAAUUAUUUUCAUGCUGAAUUUGCAACAAAAUCGUAAAAUGCUCUUGACAAAAUCCCCGAAAUAUUUGUAAAUUGUAAACAAAGUUCCUACUAAGAGGCGUUUUUAAUGUACAAAAAGUCACUUUUUAGUCAGUUUUAUCUAACUGAUUUGGUAAAUACUAAAGACAACUAUCCCCCUCAGGGUCGGUGAACAGCGUUAGAUAUAUACCUCGACGCUUCGCAUCUCGCUUUAUAAAUCAAUCACUAUUCACCUCCCUUUUGGGGGAUAGUUGUAUAUUAUUGUUGUUGUUAUUAUUAUUAUUAUUAUUAUUAUUGCUAUUAUUAUUAUAAUUAUAGUUUUUAUUUAUUUAUUUCUAUAUCUUUUUUCUGCAAUGGUGUAUAUAUGUUUUAAGUAGCCAGUGCUACGCGCACAUGAUUGGUUGUUGCCCAUGAUCUAGUAGAGUACGUACACAAAGGUAACUUCACGGGUAGAUUGUUUUUGUUGUUGUUGUUGUUUUGUUCAGCAUGGCACGCGGUCUUGAAAGUGUUUGCAAGGGACAAACGAAGCAACUCUAGGUUCUCCAGUACCCUUCAAGCUUCUAAAUUGCAUCCAUAACACGUCGUCAUAUAUACGCCAGCUGUACGUGUACACUCAGAGAUAUUUACCAUAGCGACUUAAUAGCCCAUGGCAAGCACGCUCGCUAGUUUAUAAUACUGAGAAGGUGCAGGGCAACACGGAAACCUUUUGAUAUAUUCCAUUGCGUUACAAAUCAAGUAUGACCUCAAAAACGCUGUUCACAGGGACACUGUCACGAGCUAUGAACAAACUAAUUAAUGCAUUUUCAACAAAAGAAAACAUAAUUAAAUAUGGUGGAUUUUUUUGCAAUAUACCAGAAUAGCCGUCGCAUUAACCCGUUUGGCUUUUUAAAGCUCAAAAGUGCUACGAAGACCAGGAAUCUUAUUAAUACUUGUUGUCUGCUACAAAGUGUUAAAAAUAUAUUUUUUUAAAUUACCUUACUUCCAUUGAUUUUCCUCAAAAUGUGCUCUUAUUAGUGUUGCAGGUGCCGUUGGUGCAAAAGAACAUAGUACUCGCUCAUAAUUUUAAGAGGCUUAAAAUUAAGACAAGAAUUUCCGUGGCACCCCCUCUUAAAAUCCCUUUGUGCUCACAGUGAAUUAAUUACUGCGAACCAGUACAAUCCUUACUGCUGUGUUGACUCGCAGAAAGUGGCUAGGUUUAUCGGCCCGUGAAAACAUUUUUGGAGCUAACUUCUUAAAUGUGCACACUGCCCGUUUUAGCGGGCUAGGUGCAGGGAUACUCGAUCUGCUGAGUGUCUUUUGGGAAAUUCCAUAAAGGUAAAUAUUUUGCUGACAAAUUAUAAAAUAAUAUACAUGUACGUCUUCAGGCCCCCUUCUAAUCGUUUUGGAGUAUUUACCAUUUGGUGAUCUACUGGGAUACCUGAGGAAGAGCAGAGGACAUUCUGACAACUACAACACAGGAGAGAAGAAACCCGAAUCCAAGCUUACAGCAAAAGAUCUCUUAUCCUUCGCAUGGAUGAUAGCUGAUGGAAUGCAGUAUUUGGCCAAAAUGAAGGUAAUCUGGUAUAAUAGUCUACAAAGUACUUUUGCUUAAACUCAUAAUAGCAAAGCACAACGUAUACCCUCUUUGCGAUUUCACGUGGCGCAAUUCAAUACCGGUCACCUUUCUAGAUCUAGAUCUGUACAGAUCAUUCAAAUCGAAAGAAGGAUUGUUUUGACAUUGUUGUAUCGGUUUUGAUUAUAAGAUAACCCUUCACAAAACCAAAAAUACUAUGAAACUACCUUGGAUGCCUGUCUCAAUUUUUAGACAAUAUGGGGAGUCAGACUGUCAGAUGUUUGUCUUUUGGGUGCGGGAGAGCUAAAAAAAACAUAUUGCCAUGCAGGUUUUAAACACCUUUUCCUUGUUAUUUUUAUUAAUUAUUUUGUUUAUUUGUUUGUUUGGUUUUCUGAAUAACUUUUAGGUCAUUCAUCGUGAUUUGGCUGCUCGCAAUAUUCUUGUCGGCGAAAACCAAGUGUGUAAAAUUUCUGACUUUGGACUUGCCCGUGACGUAAAUGAUGACAUUUAUGUGCGAACAUCACAGGUAGUAUUUAGCAGGAGGAAGGGGAAAAGAGGCGGGGUCUGGGAGCGAGAAACGAUCUUCUCAUAAUUUGUAAAGCGGUCACCGUGCGUGGUGAAAAGCGGAUAAUUGCAGUACUUUUCCCAAAUCAAAUAUUUGAGAAGCAAGAAGCCAACCGCAGGAAAUAAUUCAAUAAUCAAAAAUAUAAUAUCAUGCCUCUUUGUCUUUCUCGCAUAUCGUAAUUGCCCUAACGUAAUUGGGAAACUAAACCGUAAGCGAUGGACACUACCGUGCAAAUUCUUAACAGACAACAAAGCACGAUGAGCUAUUGAUCGAGUUUAUAGGUUACACAUUUUUUGCCGAGCGAGUUCAUCGGAAGAUUAUAGAAGUUAUGACGCAGGAAAAAUUACUGGAGAAAGUGUCAAAUUUAUCGGACCUACGUCUAUUCUGCCACAAGAGCUUAAAAAAUGAGCUUAUUACCUAAAUUUAUAUAAAACAGAUUUACACUUCAUAACAUUUCACUUCGUUUGUUAUAGUCAAUUCGACACCCUAAAUUCAAAGUUUAAAUCUAACCACGCUAAUAAACAGAUAACAAUCUGUAGCUGAAAGCUCUGUCCCUUGAAGGUUUUUAACGAUUUCAGCGCGGGAUUUAAGGUUCAUUUUGUGUGUUUUUUUAGACAAGAAAAUUAUGUUUUGAAAUGGAAAUGCAUCAAGUAGGAUUCUGUUAAUGAUUUUCCAGUCAAGUUAAUGUUAAAUUCAAGUAAAUAUUAAUUUUUACGAAACGCGUUCAAAUUCGAGACAGCUUUGUCGUGUAGCUUUUUUCUAAUACGGACACAUUACACUGGAAUUGCCCGCAGCACCCUCCCCCUGGCAUUUAGUCUUUUUUUACGUUUUAGUUGUUGUCUCAACCUGCACUAAACUAGACAAAAACACUAAGACCUGAAUCUAAAAGAAAACUGCUAUUUGCUACACUUAGUUUAUUUCUUUAUCGUUUGCUCAUCAUUUGCUAUCGCUUCUUCUUUUCUUUACAAAGGCUCGUCUUCCAGUCAAGUGGAUGCCUCCAGAGUCUAUCUUUUACGGUGAAUCCAGCACCAUGAGUGACGUGUUAGUAGUUAGUUUUCUAUCGUCUGUGGAGUCAAUUGUUACGGAAUACGCCAAGUGCGUGUUUUUAAGGACCUAUCCAGUUUUACUGCUGGGCCAUGCAUUAUUGUAAAGAAUAGUGGAAAGAAACCAAACAGGCUCAGGACUUAGAAAGUUUAACCUUGUAAGUUGUGUUAAUGUAGAAAGAUCUUGAGAAUCCCUUUGCAAGUGGGAGCUGAAACCAUUUCCUUCACCAAAAUCAUUUGUUUUUUUCUCCAUAAUCAUUAGAGAAACACUGUACUCUGUUGAUAAAAAGGUAAAGGACCGUAGUGACAGAAGUGAUAAUGGUUUCAUUGACACUGGCAAGUAUAGCAAAGCAUAAAGUCAACAACGCCAGAUUGAUAUUUCAUAUUCAGGACAUGAGUUAAUAAUAUUUCGGAAAAAGAGUACUUUGACACAGUCAAUAAAGGCUCCUAAAUAAAUUCUUUAUAACCAAUGUACUAUUUACAAAAAUGCUUGAUUUCUCUUUUUCAGGUGGUCAUACGGAAUUGUUCUUUGGGAGGUUUUUACAAUAGGUAACUUCGAAUCGAUUGCACUAAUAUCCGUUUCUUGCGGACAGAAUAAACAUUGCGGGCGCUCUCCAUUUGUCAGAACCGGCCAGCCGGACCAGUCAGUUAGCAAAUAAUAUCCAGAUUUUUUAAAGGAAUUUUUGCUGAAAAACCAUCCCCUUCACGUAUACUAUCAUUGACUGAUCUGGCUGGAUAGUGUUGAUACCAAGUAAAAUUCUCAUUAUGACGGGAAUACCGUCUGGCCGGUCAGUUCUGACAAAUGGAAAGCAUCCUAUGAUGGCCUACUAAACUAGGACUCUCCUAAACUCUAUUAUACAGGUGAUUCACCGUACCCCGGUUUGAACGCCGAGCAGACGGUGUCUUUGCUUGAAAGAGGAUAUCGAAUGCAACGGCCAAUCCAUAUUUCUGAGGAACUGUGAGUAAUUUAUUAUAGCAGCAACCUCAAAACAUGGUAUCCCUUAAUUCCUUUUUGAGAGUGGCUAUUGCGGUCGUCAAGCGAUUGAUUAUUAAAAGGGUGGAUUGACAAGUUGAUGGGUAGAUUGACAACAGUGUAGAGGGUUAAAAAACAUUAGUCGAUCAUCGACUUAACAUUUCGUUCACCCUAUUCCGCUCGGAGCCCUCCCGUCUAUAACUUCAAAAGAGCUCAUGCUACGGCCACCAAAAUUACGCAGGAUAAUGAGCUCUUCAUUUCCAGCUUCCGAGUAUAACUUUAUUGACCCAAUGACUCAAUCUGACGUGAUGAUGACGUCAUAUAUUUUUGGAUUUAUUGGCAGACUCCAAAUUUCCUUCAAACUUUAAAGCGUAAACGACUGAAAUAGUAACGUGUUUGAUAAAAUCAGUAAGUUGGUUAACUCCUAAAUAAUAUUCACCAAUAGCAGUGAGGUCAUCAUGACGUCAUUAAUUACUAAAAAGGGAACUCCGCCAUCUUGGAUCCGCCAUUUUGAAUUGUUUGAAUGUAUUCCAUUUUACUGGAAAAUCCGUAUAAAUCGAGGUAUUCUUGAUAGAAAUAAACCUUUUCACAUUUUUUUCAGGUGGGAAGGUAAAUCGCCCAGUAUAUAAUAAAAUAUUAAAGUAAUUUGGAGAGCGACAAUUAUCCUGAUUAUCCUGUUUUCCAGAUUUUCUAUAAUGUCUGAAUGCUGGUCUGAGAAACCUGAAGAACGCCCCAAAUUCAAGUGGAUCCGCACCGCUGUUAAUAGGCUGAUAAAAGAUACUAAGGUAGAGACAGUGAUUAGUUCCCUUCUAUAGCCUUUCAGAAUAUGCUUUCGCACGCAAAGCCAUCCAAGAAACCCAGGUUGUAGAGAGCCAAAUCAAAAGAUGUGGCCGGGGGCGGGGAAUAGCAGAUUGAGCCUUGCCGACUAAAAUCCUGGAACAUUUGAUUGCAAACCCUGUUUAUAUGUGUUACAGCAACUUCAACAUAAUAUUAUUGCGUUUUAACCCUCAGACGUACAAGAGGGGGGGAGGGGAUGGUUGCCCUCCCCCUUUGAGGUUUUUCUGAUUUUCUUCGUAGACGCACCUGAAGUUUUCAGUAGCUGUUCGUCUAUCCCUCGCGCGCAUUUUGAGAUAAGUUAAGUGAUGGUCAGUUACUAUGGUUGCGAGAUAUGAUAUCAUAAGUAAUACAGGUGUUCAAGCCAUUUUUGAGUGAAAGCGCAUAUUUUUUUAACUUCUUUCAGCAAUAAAAAUAAAGCUUGUGGAUAAAAUGAUGUAAAGUACUUAUUUAUGUGUUAAUAAUAAUAAUAAUAAUAAUAAUAAUAAUAAUAAUAAUAAUAAUGAUAAUAAUAACGAUUUUAUAACAAUUCUAUCUAUUACAAUCCUAUUUACAAUUAAUUCAGUUAAAAACAACUAUUCCGCCAAAACACCAUUUACAAUUUCUUUCGUUUAAACAAACACUUAGUUUUGAUUAGAAAAAAUUUAUUUCAUUAAAAAAAUAUUCGAAUUAAAAACAUUUCAUUUCAAUUCAAACAAUCCAUUUCGAUUAAAAAAAAAGAAACUAUUUUCAAGGUCAAUUGCAUUCGUACUAAGAAAAUCACUAAAAAAGAGGAAAAUCAAGAGCCAUAAUGGCUCUUGGGAAAAUUAAAUAGCGUUCUCAAUGCGUUACUGACGAAUAUUUGCCAUUAAAAAGUGAGGAAACACAUCAAUAGUUCGAUUGAAUGGUACCUUCAACAACUUCGAUGUUGAAUACGAUGUUGUAUUACUUCCCGGAGAGUCUAUUCGCAGUCUGCGCACUUGUAUUCCUUAAACUAAUCUAAGUCCCCCAACUCCUUCCCAACAAUUUUAUAUGGGCUGUUUUAUAAUUGGUUUGUUAGCUUCAAUUUAUAAAACGAUAGGGAAAAUUCACCGUCCCUACCCCACUGCGCUACAAGAAUCACUUUCCAAUCAAAUAUCAAACCGUCAGUGUCACGUUUAAGUUGAUCUGGUAAAGGAAAACCCCUUUUUUUGUCAUUAAAAGUAAUAUAUCUAUUUCUGAAUAACGCACUAGGCUUUAUCUUAUAUUUUAACAGAUUUACAUCAACCUGGAUGCGUAUGAUGAUGCCGAUUACGUUAACUUUGAUACGGCUGAAGGAGCUCAGUGA